AUGACAUGUCCACAAACAGUUGUUCUCGAUGGCUUCAGGCUCACCGAAGCCCGGCGACGUCUGCGCGAAGGCACUGAUCUCGCCCUACAGGCAACGCUGGGAGUUCUGACGAGGCAGGCCGAUGAGUGGCUGACGCAAGGCCCCUGGUCCGUCACCAUGAAGAAGAAACCCCCGCCUAGUGGGGACAUACACGACUACACCAGCCAGGCGCCCUACUGGUGGCCGUCGCAGGACUCACCGGAUGGCAAGCCUUACAUCCAGCGCGACGGAAAGAAAAAUCCGGAGGUUCUCUACUAUACCGACCGCGUCUACUGGGAAAAAGUCUUCACAUCGUCCACCAUUCUAGCCCUGGCCUGGUUCUACACGGAAAAUGAGGCAUACGCGCGACACGCUGGUGACAUCCUGCGCGCCUGGUUCGUAACGCCCGAGACCCGCAUGAACCCCAACCUCAGCCACGCCCAGCUCAUCCCGCACGCUAACACGGGCCGCUUCAUCGGCAUCAUCGACUUCUCCCAGGCCUACACCAGCGUUCUCGACGCGGCCACCAUCCUAGCCACCGGCGGCGCCGGGACCUGCCCACCCAGCAACAUCCCCUCGCGGGCUCCCGGCUGGUCCUACGAUGACGCUGAGAGGUUCCGGGCGUGGAACCUCGACUUCCUUGCGUGGCUGACCGACAGCCCGUUCGGCCGGGAGGAGCACGCCCAACGUAAUAAUCACGGCAGCUUCGCGGCCAUGCAGAUGGCCGCCAUUGCCCUCUUCGUCAACGACACGGCUCGCGCCCGCGACGAGGCGCUCGCCGCGCUCGCUCACGUCACCGAGACCAUCGCCCCGGACGGCUCCCAGCCUGAGGAGCUCCGCCGAACCCGCAGCUGGCAUUAUUCGACCUUCAAUCUUCUUGCCCUAACGCGUCUCGCCUGCGUGGGGCGCAAGGUCGGGGUCAACUUGUGGGAUUUUGCCGGUCCGGGAGGCGAGGGGAGCAUCGCGCGCGCGGUGGACUUUGUGAUACCCGCGGCGACAAACAGCGACAUAUGGGCGUUCCCCGAGCUGGAUUUCAAGGCUUACGCCGCGGCGGAUAUCAUUCGGGCGGCGGCGGAUGCAGGCCACAAGAGAGCGAAGGAGGCCGUGGGUAGGUUACAGCUGCCGCCUUCGGAUGACCUGUGGCUGUUGAGACCGGCGCCGGAGCAGCUUGAUGCGGUCAAGGUGGAUGAGGACUCGAAAUGA